AUGUCAAUAGUAUUACUCGGAUAGAUUGGAUCUGGUAAGACCACACUUUAUAAUAAAAUUACUCUAUCAUAAGAAAAAAUCAAAGCAGGUGGAAAUUCAGUAACUAUGAGUGUAUUUAUGAAAAAAUCAUGUUAUGGUUAAGGGUUUUCGAUUUUAGAUACUCCAGGUUUUGGUUCAGAAUCAAAAAAGCUGGAUCAUAUUGCUGGUGUUCUUUCUGCUUUAUCUGAAGGUCCCAUUAACAGAAUUGUUUUUAUUGUUAGAUUUACUAGAACUAACGUAAUUAUGGAAGAUGUUAAAAAAAUUUUACCUGCAUUUAUUAAGUAUAGACACAUGAUCACAGUAAUUGUUACUUGUUGGGAUUUUUGUGAAAAAAGUGAAGAAGAGAAAAAUAAAAAUGAUAUUUAAUCAAGGCUUGCAUCAUUUAAAAUAAAUUCAGCGAUGUUUGUUGGUUUGAACGACACACCUGAUAGUAUUUGUGAAUAAAUUGAUCAAAUUAUUGCUACAUCGAAGGCUGAAAAUAUUAAUUUAACAGAAAAUGAUAUCUUUUCGAAUUUUGAUAUGACAGAUUAUGAUGAAGGGGAGAUUUUUGAAAUAGAGCUGUUAAAAGGUGAAUCAACAUCAUAUUACCAUAUUUUUUUUGAAUAAGCAAUGUUUAAAAUUGAAGUAAACAAUAUUCCAAACGGAUUAUAAGCAGAUUAUUUCUAUGCUAUAACUUAGUUUGCAAAAAAAACAGUAGAUGAUACUAUGAAGAAAUUCGAGACUCAAUCAAUAGAUAUAAUAGAUAAAUUAAAGUAGAAAGACUAACUAAAGGCUUUUCAAAUUCAUUUUUAACUUAAGAGUAUUUUAUUUAAAGAGUAUGAAUAUAUUGUUGAGGCUGCUCACAAAAAAAUGAAUGCUGGAAACCAUUUCUCAAAGUACAUAAGAAAAUGCUACUAUUGUGGCGAAAUUUGGUUUAAAGCAGCUGGUUGUGAGGGCAACACAGUAUGCGGACGCCUGAAUGAAAAUCAUUUAGAUGAUUUUAUCAAAUAGGAGUAGGCUCCUCAGAAAUUUAUUGUUACAUAUGAUAGAGAGAAAUUGGAAAUUAAAGUUGAUGAAUCUGUAAAACCAAAAGUAGUAGUUUUGAAUGAAAAAAACAAGCAAAGUUUAAUGACAGAUGUUACAAAAAUUAAGAUUGAAGAAAUGAAAUUGGAUAAUGAGACAUUCAGAGUAGGUGGAGCUGGAUGUAAGAAAGUAAUUGAUUGGUCAAAAAUGUCUCCUUUAACAGAAUAUGAAAUGAAUCAAAUUUUAGGUAUUUUGGAUAUUAAAAUGUGUGAGAAAAUGGUUGAAUUUGAAAAAUUAACAUUAGAGAAAACUAAGAAAUAACAAUCCCAAUAUAAAAACGAGCUUGAUUAGAAAAUAAAGUUAUAGAAAUUAAAUAUGCAAAAAGCAGCAUGA